UUCAUUUUAAUAGCAAUAAGACAGGGCUCUGACAGCUUCAAAAAGGGCAAUCAAGAAAUUCUUGUUUGCUCAACAGUGAGAACUAUUUAGGGUGGUGACAGGAGUUCAAAGUUACUGCAGACUCCAUAUAAUUUUCAACUUCUGAUGAUUUUUUUUAGCCUCUAAAGUAAUUGGUGAAAGUGUAAUUUAUUUGGAGGGUUUGUUGGUUGUUUUUGCCAAGUUGACUAUCCCAGGCGCAUCUGGAAACAUCACCAGGAGAAAUUCAGCUGGGGAGGAGACACGGGUAGGGUGUGAUUUCCAACAUGUUUUCUCUCCUCUUGGCAUGGUUCACAAAACAAACAGUUUUGAACCUCUUUGCUGCCUCGCACUGUUGAGACACAAGAGAAAAGCAGGAUGCGAUCCUUGCCCUCGAAUGGCUCAGCAUCCAGUGGAGGAGGCAGGAUGGGGAUGAAUUACUGCAGUAGUGUGGCUGACGGAGCCAGUGCGGCUGGAAGGAAAAGCACGGCGAACAGGGAGCGCUUGAAGCGCAGCCAGAAGAGCACCAAGGUGGAGGGGCCAGAGCCUGUGCCGCCUGAGGCCUCGCUGAGCGCCGAGCAGGGAACAAUGACCGAGGUCAAGGUGAAGACGGAGCUGCCUGACGACUACAUCCAGGAGGUGAUCUGGCAGGGUGAGGCCAAGGAGGAGAAGAAGGCGGUCAGCAAGGAUGGGACUGGAGAUGUGCCCGCUGAGAUCUGCGUGGUCAUAGGUGGCGUCCGCAACCAGCAGACCCUCGAUGGAAAAGCGCCCGAAGGCAGCCCCCACGGUGGAUCUGUGCGAAGCCGCUAUUCAGGGACCUGGAUUUUUGACCAAGCGUUGAGAUAUGCAUCUGGGUCCUAUGAGUGUGGAAUCUGUGGCAAGAAGUACAAGUAUUACAACUGUUUCCAGACCCAUGUCCGGGCACACCGAGACACCGAAGCCACCUCAGGGGAGGGAGCCUCCCAAGGCAACAACUUCAGGUACACAUGUGACAUCUGCGGGAAGAAGUACAAAUACUACAGUUGUUUCCAAGAGCACCGAGACCUGCACGCAGUGGAUGUCUUUAGUGUGGAAGGGGCCCCCGAGAAUCGGGCAGACCCCUUCGACCAGGGUGUCGUGGCCACGGACGAAGUGAAGGAGGAGCCCCCGGAACCAUUCCAGAAAAUCGGGCCAAUGAACAAUAUUACAUCAGAAAUUUUUAAGAAGAAAGAAGUUAGGCAGUGCCAAAAGAGAGAAACCGGCAAUUACACCUGUGAAUUCUGUGGAAAACAGUACAAGUACUACACGCCCUACCAGGAGCACGUGGCCUUACAUGCCCCCAUCAGUGCUGCCCCCGGGUGGGAGCCACCGGAUGAUCCAGACACGGGCUCUGAGUGUUCACAUCCAGAGGUCUCCCCAACUCCACGCUUCGUGGCAGCGAAGACCCAGACGAACCAGUCGGGGAAAAAAGCUCCGGCCUCCGUGGUCCGAUGCGCCGCCCUCUUACACCGCACCCCUCCAGCCACCCAAACCCAGACGUUCCGCACUCCAAACUCGGGAUCUCCGGCGAGCAAGGCAACCGCAGCAGAAAGCGCUUUCAGCCGGAGAAUAGAAGGCAAAGCACAAAACCACUUUGAAGAGACGAAUAGCAGCUCCCAGAACUCCAGCGAAACUGCAAGUCCCCUGAUUUCCAAUCCUUUCCCUCUCCUACAGAAACCCUACACCUGCGGCGCCUGUGGGAUCCAGUUCCAGUUCUACAACAACCUGUUGGAGCACAUGCAGUCCCACGCAGCAGACAACGAGAACAACAUUGCCUCCAACCAGUCCCGAUCGCCACCUGCUGUUGUUGAAGAGAAGUGGAAACCCCAGGCCCAGAGAAACAGUGCCAACAACACUCUGACCAGUGGUUUAACACCCAACAGCAUGAUCCCCGAGAAGGAGCGGCAGAACAUUGCAGAGCGGCUGCUGCGGGUCAUGUGUGCCGACCUGGGGGCACUGAGCGUGGUGAGUGGGAAGGAGUUCCUGAAACUGGCCCAGACCCUGGUGGACAGUGGCGCCCGCUAUGGGGCCUUCUCAGUCACCGAGAUCCUGGGCAACUUCAACACGCUGGCACUGAAGCACCUGCCACGCAUGUACAACCAGGUGAAGGUGAAGGUGACAUGUGCCUUGGGCAGCAAUGCCUGCCUGGGCAUUGGUGUCACCUGCCACUCGCAGAGUGUUGGCCCUGACUCCUGCUACAUCCUCACCGCCUACCAGGCUGAGGGCAACCACAUCAAGAGUUAUGUACUGGGUGUGAAGGGUGCAGACAUUCGUGACAGCGGUGACCUGGUGCACCACUGGGUGCAGAACGUGCUGUCAGAGUUCGUGAUGUCGGAGAUCCGGACGGUGUACGUGACCGACUGCCGGGUGAGUGCAUCCGCCUUCUCCAAGGCCGGCAUGUGCCUUCGCUGCUCAGCCUGUGCCUUGAACUCAGUGGUGCAGAGUGUGCUGAGCAAGCGGACGCUGCAGGCCCGCAGCAUGCACGAGGUCAUCGAGCUGCUCAACGUGUGCGAGGACCUGGCGGGCUCCACUGGCCUCGCCAAGGAGACCUUCGGGUCGCUGGAGGAGACCUCGCCACCACCCUGCUGGAACUCGGUCACCGACUCGCUGCUGCUGGUGCAUGAACGCUACGAACAGAUUUGCGAGUUCUACAGCCGUGCCAAGAAGAUGAACCUCAUCCAGAGCCUCAACAAGCACCUGCUCAGCAACCUGGCGGCCAUCCUGACGCCCGUGAAGCAGGCAGUCAUCGAGCUGAGCAACGAGAGCCAGCCCACCCUGCAGCUGGUGCUGCCCACCUAUGUCAGGCUGGAGAAGCUGUUCACGGCCAAGGCCAACGACGCGGGCACCGUCAGUAAGCUCUGCCACCUCUUCCUGGAGGCCCUCAAGGAGAACUUCAAGGUGCACCCAGCACAUAAGGUGGCCAUGAUCCUGGACCCGCAGCAGAAGCUGCGGCCCGUCCCGCCCUACCAGCACGAGGAGAUCAUCGGCAAGGUGUGCGAGCUCAUCAACGAGGUGAAGGAGUCCUGGUCCGAGGAGGCUGACUUCGAGCCCACCACCAAGAAGCCCCGCUCCGCCACCGCCGAGAACCCCGCAGCUCAGGAAGACGAUCGGCUUGGGAAAAACGAAGUGUAUGAUUACCUGCAGGAGCCCCUCUUCCAGGCCACUCCUGAUCUCUUCCAGUACUGGUCGUGCGUGACCCAAAAGCACACAAAACUCGCCAAGCUGGCUUUCUGGCUCCUCGCGGUUCCGGCCGUAGGGGCCAGGAGCGGGUGUGUAAAUAUGUGUGAACAAGCACUCCUAAUCAAAAGGCGGCGACUGCUCAGUCCCGAAGAUAUGAACAAACUCAUGUUUUUGAAAUCCAACAUGCUUUAAGACUUGACUCCAGAACAAAAGAUAGAAAGAAAAAGGAAAAAAAAAAAAAAACAGAACGUUAGAAAAAAAUACACACAACACUGUCACAAACCAAGAAAAGGAAUUUAAGUUCUAAACACUGUGGACCUCAUUAUAAAUGCCCCCUGGAAACGUAAGUGCUUUUCUUCAGUGUGUGUGUGUGCACAUGUGUGCUUGCCCACACGCAUGAGUACAUGUCCACAUGCGUGUCCUGUGGAUGUGGGGCAUGAGGGCUCUGUGCUCAGCUGCAUGGCCACAGAAGCUUUGCACAUGCGUGCACACACAUACAACCCUGGUGCAUGUACACGUGCCUGCUUGUGGGUAUGUGUACAUUAAACUGGGUGUGUCAGGAAAGCUGAGUGGGAAAGAGGGAAGACACUUCCCCUCCUUUUCUCAGUAAGGGGGCUUUAAAGACUCCAUUUUCAGGUGCGCAGAUUGGUAGAAAGCUGAUGUAAAAUGUUCAGGCAGCUGAGAUCUGAAGUGACUUGACGCUCUCUGUCCUUCACCCCAUGGUACCCCCACUUUCCUUUCAUGUCUACCCCCAAGCCCCUCUGACCCUGAUGCACCCACCCCACCCCAGCUGCUCUGCCAUGGAUUCUCCAGACUGCAUCGGACGGACAGUUUCUGCACUGGACUUUAUUCUUGUUCACCUUCAGGGCAUUGAGCUGCUACCCACGGGACACCCUGGGGUGUCAUGGGGCAGCCGCCUUAGAAACACACCUAUCUCUCUCCCCAGAUCAGGAAAGGAGACUUUAAGAAUAUAAAGCUGACACUUUGCUUUUUAUUAUAAGAUAGAAAGAAAAAAAAAAGACGUUUUUCAGAGAAGUAUAAAUAUUGUCUCCACUCCUGAAUAAUUUUUUUCCCCUAACAUUUUAGCAGUUUUUACCUUUUUGGGGGUUUGUUUUGGUUUUUCAAAUUUAAUUUAGACUCUGCUAGGAGGCACUGAAUGUCUGUAACUUAUGUUUUGGAGUGUUUUUUUUUUUAAUUACCCUUUUUGUUCCUCAAGUCACACUGUAAACUAGCUCAUCUCAGUGGUAAGUUCAAUAUCCUAAGGUUUUAUUAGCCUUCCCUGUACAGUCCAGUUUUCAUGUACUUGAACAGCUAAGACCAUGAACUUGUCUUUGCUGUUUGGAGACCAGGAGUGGGGUUGGAGUCACAGGUUUCACAGAUGCGGGGUUUGGUGGAAGCCAUAGGGAAGCAUGUGGCUUAGGAGUAAUCCUGAAUGUAAGCAGAAGAGCCACCCUCCUGGUUUGCUGUGUCUGGUACUUCGAAUGUCUGACUUAUAUACCCAGAGUGCAUUACACUACUCCACAUUGCUGACACGUCCAGCUCAGCAGGGACUCCUGAGCUGAUCCAUGCUCACAUCUGUCACACCUCAGACCCACAGCCUCCCCUCCCCAGGACCCCGAGGGUUCCGGUGGUCCCCUUGCCCACAGCCCUGGGGGUCCCCACACAAGCCUCAGCCCUCCUUCCAGGACAGUAGUUGAGCAUGGUGCCUUGUGGUCCAAACGAUGUCUUGAGGGUGGACUAGCAUCAGGCCACAUUCAACUUGACGCUGUGAAAGACGUCUUUAGGCUUUUCUCCCCGUGAGCAAUUUAAGUUCUGCUCCCUCGAUCCAAGUGCUAAGAGGGUGGCCCCUUUCGCCUCACAAGAGGUGGUCCUGUCAGGAUCAGCAUUCAACCCCCCCACCCCACCUCUUCCUGAACAAAGCGUUGGUGGUCCUGUGUCCCCCCAGUGCCCGUGGCUACAAGACAGAGACGGUUACAUCAUGGGCUCCAGGCUGAGACGACUGCCAUGGUGGGGGGCUCUUGAAAGGCACCCUCUGACAUCCAGAGGGCCGCCUGAGUCCACUCCCUCCCUUCCCAGUAAUGAAGCAUCACUCAACUGCAAGAUACCUCGACUCCAAAGCACUGUACAACAGCCCUCUCCCUACCGCCUUUGGCGGGCGGGAAAGUAUCAUUUAAAGACUCAAAAAGGCUUAGGACCGAGAACCAGAGCACUGUCCCUGGGGGCCAGGCCUGCUCACUCUGCCUCAUGAGAACUACCCUGGCGCCCCCCUCUGAGUCUUGGACAUACUGAAAUGCAUUCAAGUGGGCCGUUCACAUCCACUCCAGCAGGCUGUGGUCUCAGGGACCAUCGUGGCAUUUCUUCCCCUGGAGAAGUCCUGGGUGUUCCUCCACUGCAUUUCGAACUGAGGUCAUGCCAUCAGAAGAGUCUCCAUCCACACUGGACAGUCACCUAAUGUCACUUCGGAGAGAAUAUGGGACAUCAGCAGACUUUUCGAUCCGAACUUGAGGGCAUUGCAGAAGGUAGCUGCAUGGUGACAGAUGCCUACAGCAAAGGUCCCUCCAGCUUUGCUUUGCUGCUGGGAAGGGUCUGUGACCUGGCACUUGGAGCUGCCCGCUCGAGUGUGCACUGGGAGCAGAGCCUUGGAGCCCAUCCUCCCUCUGCAUGGAGCAGAGCUGUGCUGGUGUUGCCCUAUUUACUGGACCAGUUAGAAGACAGGCAUUUCACUUUCUGGCAGAGCCAUCAGAAAGCCUAGAUACAUGUUUGCUUCUCUUUGGAACACUGGGAUAUCUGCCCUCCAGAAGGAAAAUUUGAGUGAGUCUUACUAAACUCUAGUUAUCGUCAUGUGUCACCUCCUGUUCUGAUCUUGCUUUCCACCCCAGUUCUGUCCAUAGGGCUUGGCUUGCUCUGCUGGUUUGAUGUGAAAACUACGAGGUACUGUGAAAGCUGUCUCCUGGGACUGCCUCGUCCAGAUACAGUAACAAGGUGGCAGGGAGUCCACUUUUUCUUGCAACCUCUGAUUCCCCAGAAACUGGUAUUGCCAGCAGGAAAGGCAGGUCCCAUAGUGCAAAUCCUCCUGCAGUGACCAGCUUGAUAAAACCCAAAGAUCUCACAGGUCCAGCCGCUGGCCCCCUUAUUCUCAGCAAUAUCCACCUUAUCCAAAUUCUAGUUCAGCCAAAGGAUUGAGGUAGGCUCUUCCAGUUUAUCUCCUGGCAUCCAGCCUGGCCUUGACCUUCUGCCUCCCAGAUCUGUGACACUGUUAAGACUUUCCACCAAAGGCCCUUGGGGGCUGGCAGAUCGGGAGGUGGGGGUGUUCCUAUCAUGUUCUCAGCAGCUCAGGAUGGUCGCCUCCUGACUUGGUCACAGUUUGCCUCAAGCCAUGUGAUUCCCAGGACAGAAAUGGUCCUUGUUUUGAUGUCCAUGGACCUGGGAGGGCAGGUGGAUGAGGGACACCUCCACUCCACAGGGUGUUUUCUCCUCAUCUGAGGUCAGUUGGCUUCAGCACCAAAGCCAAAGGCCACAGCCUCGUGGUGGUCCCUCCUGUUUGGAGUAGCCUGGGGUAUGUCUGCUCCACCAAGAGCAGCGGUGCCAUCCCAGACACCGAGCAUGGGUGCUCCUGGCCCAGUACUCUUCUCUCUUCCCUGGGCCUAGGUCCACCAGCCAGGCCUCCCUCUGGAUGGGAGUUAGAAACCAGGAACCAAAGCAGAGGGACCACCUGAAGCAAGGAUGCUCAGCCACCGACCAGCCUGACAACCUCGUGCCUGGCAUUCGGGGAUUGGCUCUUGGCUGGGGACAGGGUACCAAGGUUCCUGGUGAGGAGAGGACAGUCCAAUGACACAGCUGAGGAGUUACGGGUCUCCAGGAUUCCAGGAGGGACUUUUUUUUUUUUGACAUCAGGACUGUAGGCUGGCAAGCGUCCUCUCUUUAAGUCUGCUCUUUUGUCUCCUGCACUUUCAAGAAACACCAGAGAAAAACUCUACAAGGCGUGUUUUCCACUGUGAAACCUAACCUCUGCCUUUAGGAGUCCCCUCUGCUUGCACAGAGCUCCCUGCUCCUGCCUGGACUUGGACUAGACUCCCUGGAGAGUGGGCACCUGGAGAGAUGUCAGGGACCCAGCAUGCACUCUGGGGGUCACGUGUUCACAAGGAAGGUUUGGAAGGAAGCUGGGCUGCAGAUGGAGAUGGGAGGCCCCGGGAAGAAGGGCCCAGAAGGGGACAGUACCUGGAUGUUGUCAUCAUGGUGGAUGUGCUUGCAGAGACAGGAAGAGGAGAUGCAGUCACCUCCUACCCCACUGAGUUGGAGCAAGUUCAUGGCUUCGCUCUUGCCAUGGGAACAGCGGCAGCACCUGUGUCACCGGGACCUGCCUGAGGGCUCCUAGAAAGGCUGCUGGUUUAGAGAACCAAGAGACUUGGGAAGGCUCAGGCUGUCCCCUGGAGGCAGCAGAUGGGGGCUCCUGUCUUGGCCCUGCCAGUGCCACCCGGCCCUCUAUCUCCAGCUGGGCCAGUGGGAGAACUGGGAGGGGGCCUGGCCCUCUCUUCACUGUGGCUAAUGUUUGCUAGGCCAGUUAUGGUGAACCAAUGAUAGUGUUUUUCCCUUUUAAAUGUCCCUCCCCAUUUCUCCUUUUCAGGGUUUUCUGGCAGAUGCUGUCAUGGUCAUUUUUCUUUCUCUCAUUAGGGUUUGAGGGUCGUGGCUGGUGGAGGCCUACCUUUCCCUGAAGGGGCCUGUGGUUUCCAUGCAAAGAGUGUACCUGCUCCCACCUUGGUGAGGGUGAAGGUGGCCACUGUUUGCUAUAUUCAUGCCUCCCACAGCCACCGCCACGGGUGUCGCUUUAAAGAUCCAACUCCUGCACAGAGAAGGAAUGGCUAGGUUUGCAGUUGGGCGCCAGCAUCAGGACCCAUGAGGGUCCUAGCCACCUGCGCAUCCCACUGGGCACCUUGACUCUUCGAACCAAAGUUCCUUCAAGGGGCACAACCCAGCCUUGUCCACAACCUCAGGGACCUGGGAUCCCUGUGGCGCUUCCUGAAGUCCAGGUUGGCAGAGACCAUGGGGUCUGAGGCCAGCUGGAAGGAGAGGGGCUCCUCCCACAACCCAGGUGCCAGCCGGUCCCCGCCUGGGACCCACCCUCUCACCCAGCCAAGGUGACUGGGUUUCCUAGUGGUGAGCGGGCACGUGGCCUGGCACAGGGCUGGGACUCACCAGCCAGGACAGAGAGGGACCUGCGGGGCUGGAGGCUCUCAGACCCACCCCGCAGCGCGUCCAGGGCCGUCCAGAUCCCAAGCAUCAGGAAAUCAUUUUGUACGACCACCUGCAGCAGAGAUAUUUUUUAAAAAGCAUAAAUUAUUUUCAGUUGUUUUCUGAUCCUACCUUUUUCUUUUCCCCACAACCUCACGUCGGUGACUCUUUCACAUCAGGUAAAUCUUGAGAAAGCGUUGGUGCCCCCAUCCCAUGCCCCACUCAGUAACCACGUGUGUGCACCCCAUUCUUUCUCAAUAGUUAAGACGUUCUAGGCAAUACCAUAGGCACAUCUGUGUCUGUCUCUUUGAGUGCAAGAAACUCAAGUCAUCUUAAAAAAAUACAAAAAAAAAAAUUUACAAAAAAACAAACACACAAAAAAAAUAUCUUUUUUAGGCCAGAGUUUUCUACAGGUAUUAAUGAAUAUUUUUCUUAAUCCUUAUAAGUUUUAUGUGUUUAAUAUUUCUUAAUACCGGUAGCAUUAAUUUAUACUUUUGUAGCAACACAAUAUUUUUAUAAACAGCCAGUGCUUGGCUCAAGUCUCCACAAGGGGUUUAUGCAGGGCCAUCUUGGCACCCUGUGUACCAUGUACUGUAUUUAAAAAAAAAGUUACCUAGUGUCACCCUUGCUGUGUUAAUUAACAAAAGACGUUGUUUGCGGUCUCCUGUGUCAUUGGUGUGGAUCCAACAGCUCUCCGAGGAGCCACAUUGCAUGGGGGUUGAGUUGACGGUUCUUGUUGUGAUAUGUAAACCCCCGAGACCCAACUUGAGGGUUUAUUUAGGGUUUUCUGUUUGUCCUUGGGUUUCUCGUUCCACUUUGUUUGGGUACCGUUUCUCCAUUUACAGCCGAAUCAGUCUCGUGAUAUUUAAAGCUCUUACUGAUGUCAAAUGGAGGAAAGGAACAGAAAGAAGAAAAAAAAAAAAAGAUUUUUACAAAGUAAUAAAAUUUAAAACUGAGCUGUUUAAAUGUUGCUGUUUUUACCUGUCUGUUCUUGUCUGAAAGUGGGACAUUCCCAGGAAGGAAAGGAAGGUUCCACUUGGUUCCUUAAAUCGCCAAAAGCCCCCACCCGUAUUUCAGCUGCCCCUGCCCUCUGAAUUCUUGCAACAUUAUUUCCCAGUUGGUUGAUGCCGAGGCAAAAAGACAUCCUUUUAACGGUUAGAGAGGAUCAGUUGCUUAAAUGAUUUCAUGUCAGUGUUGUAUUUAUGGUUUUACAAUAAAACGAUCUUUAGGAAGA